AUGGUGGGCGUGCGGAAGGCGAGGCGAACGCAGGCCGCGGGGCUGGAGGCGACGAGGGGCUCGGCGGCGCGUCCUGGCGACGGCGGCGCAGCCCAGCGACUACCACUCGAGCCGACUGCGCCGCGCCGGGCCGGGCGGCCGCUGGGGCCGCGGGAGCCUGACGUCUCCGCCCUCCGCAGCCAAUCCCCGCGCCGCUGGCGCGCACCGCGGCCGCUGCCUCCCGCCCGGCUGGGCGCGGCCCGAAGGCCCAGCGCCGCCCGGAUGGCCCCGCCCCCGACAGCCACGCCCAUGACGCCAGGGCCCCGCCCCCGGGCAGGCCCCGCCCCGGCUCCCCGCGCCUGUGGCCCCCGCCCAGGUGCGAGGAAGCUAGCACCGCGGGGCAGCGGGCGGAAGUCUGGAGGGCACAGUGACCAGCUGGGUGGUGGCCUGAGGACGGUGGGCACCCGAGUCUGCAGCGCUCUCCACUGGAAGCCCAGGCCUCGGGCCAUCAGCCUGAGGUGUAGCCGUCAAAGCCUGGAGGGUGUCCUCAGCUCGGGAGCCUCCUGCAAACAGUCGAUGUCACUCCAAUCGUUAACUACAGUACUUGAUGGAGUGUGGAUGCUUGAACCACUUUGCUGGUGUUUCUUUGCCACUGGUGGCCGCUGUGCCGGGGAGGAGCGGAGGAUGCCGGCAGCCUUCUACAGGAGAUGGAGCUGAAGAGCAAAGUGCUCUCACACCAUAGAUGGGUUUUUAAAGACUCAAAAUGGGAGUUGGAGCAGAAGCUGAGAUUUUUUUUUUCCCCCGGAAAAGAAAUGGAGCAUUGCCUCUGUUAAAUAACA